AUGAACUUUUGCUUUCAAGAUGUUAAGUGCAACAGGCCAACUUAUCUUUCCUCAGUGGGAACUGACAUCUCAGUUUUUAUAAUUGUGUUAAUUUCUUAUUCUUCAAACAAUUCAUCUUUGUUGUUUCAGGGGUUGAUACCAAUAGAAAUUCAUUGUGGACCUGAGGAGAUUACCAUUGAUGAUGACAGCAAUGAUGGUGGUGGUGGUGAUGUUACAAUAGUGGAAUCUAUCCAAUCGUCACAGAAUUUACCACAUGAAUUAAAUGAAAACACCUCAUUGACAAAAAGACAAACAAAUACAGGGUGUACCAAUGAGAGGUCUUUCAGUGACCAAGCACCAGAACCAUGCACCAUUCAGGCUGAUAUGUCCUAUGUCCCAACAACAAAUCACAGAGUUUUUGGUGAACUUAGAACCCUUGUGAAAUUCUCAGGAGGAAAUUCAGUGUCCUCAAGUAUGAAAGCUGAUGUCAUGUGUGGUUGUAUCACUGACAAAGGAAACAGUGGUGUUGAAAGAGUUCCAGUGCAUGCAGUUUGUACAAGUGAAAUGCUGAGAGAUAGCUACACAAAGGCAUUGGGGAAAGAGUCAUCAGCUAGAAAACACCAGACGUUCAGUUAUGGGAAUGUAACUGAAUCUGCUCCAGUUCAGCGUGUGCCUUUGCAACAACUGUUGCAACAGGGUUUAUCAGUACUUGGUGCACCACCAGGAACCACAAACAUGGAACACAAGCAACAGUGGCCAUCCCCUCUCCUUUCUAAAGAACACAUAAAUCAGACACUACAACAGAGAUUUUCUGUAGUGAACCCAGUGACAAAAACUACUUCUGCACAAGAGAAACAUACAUAUCAGCCAUCACAGCAGCAGAAUUCAGACAUGAUAGAAAAUACAUAUGAUUUAAGGUUGCCGGAUAAGGAUGGAAACAAAAUUUCAGACACAGAAUCCAGGUGCCAGUGUUCUGCAGACAGCCCAAUCUCCUCUUCUACUCCAGAGACAAACUUGUUGUGUACAUCUGUUUCCACUAGGAGUUCUGUGGACUCUGAUAACAGUGUUUCAGAUCAUACUGAGGGAGAUGCAGAACAGGAUGUUAUUCCUGUUAGAAAUGUCUUUGUUGAAGAAAGCCAUCUUCCUCCUUUGGGUGUGAUAAAUCACCCACCUGUAGCUGUAGGAGAUUCUGCAUAUAUCAUGAAGGACAUAAGACACCCAUGGGUUCUUGCGACAGUACAGGAUAUUGUGCCACAAAAUAAUCAGGAAGCAUAUAGUGCAUGGAACAGUAAAGUUUUCUGUCCUUACAUAUUAUCACACGCCAGGUUUAUUUUUGAUUUAGUUAAGAGUGCAUAUAAUCAGACUUUUGUUACUUAG